AUGUACUGGGGCGGAUACGUUCUCGCCUGCCUGCAAUUCUUUUGCAUCGUUCAUGCGGUUACUACAGGCUAUUCAUCUGUGAGACCCAAUCAUCAUGGCCCCGACCAAGAUACCGCAAUUGCGGUGAAACAAGCCCUGCGCGCAGUGGGAGGCACGACCUACAAAACCAACGAGACAAACUUAACAAAGAGCUUGGUCGACGCCACUCUUUUCUCGAUCGAAGCGAGUGACUCUACCAUAUCGAAGCAAGGAUCCCUGGAUGUCGAAGUAGGCCUCGCCGUCAUCUGCAAGUCCUGCUAUAUCAACGGCUCGGUCAGCGGCUUCCUUACCGUAGAAGAAAGCUUGAACGUCACCAACCUCGUGGAAAGCAUCGCAGACGAGCUCGCAAACGUGACAGAUGCAGCAAUCAACCAGCUAAAGACGUUUGCGCGCGACGCAGCGGAGGAUUUUGUCGAAGGCGUGACUCACUUCGAACUGGUCGACAUGCCCGCCUGGCCAACGCUGGAUCUCGACUUCACUCUGAAUACAACCCAGGACUUUCCUGGCGUUCAUGCUGAGUUUGAAUUCGACAAUCUGGAGCUGUACCUGGAGCUGGAUGUACAGUUGUCGGCCGGUGGAACGUACACUUUGAAUCUGUUCACCUCGGAGACCAUCGUCGGUUUCUCAAUCCCGGGCCUCGACGCGGGCGCACUGUUCAAAGUCUCGCUGGUGUUGGUCGCCGAGGCGGAGGUCGACAUUAGUAGUGGGAUCCAUAUCAAAUUGGAUGAUGGGCUGGUGCUUGCGCUUGAUCUGUUCAACAAGGGGAUGUCGGACAUUACAGUUCCCGGAGGGAAAGUUGAAUUCCUGCCGAUCGCCAUCCAGGGCUACGGAAGCCUCCAGGCCCUCUUACAGCUGGAGGCCAGCGUGGGAUUUGACAUCGCGCCCGCGGAGUCGCUCUCCGUGCUUGAAGCCGUCGAUUUCAGUGCAGGGAUUGGCGUAGAGGUCUUCGCUUACGUGGCCGACUUCCAGUUGGAGGUCAAUGGCACGUCCAGCAAAGACGCCGACUGCGCGUUCCAAGCGGUGGCCGAGUAUACCCUCGCGGUGGGUGCGGCGGCCGGCGCCACCGUCGCGGUGGAUACGUAUCAAUGGGGGCCCUCGCCCAACACCACCGUGCCGGUCUUCUACACCACCCUCGCCAGUCUCUGCGCGGGCAGCAAGACCACGAUUGCCUCAUCGACGAUCACUCCGUCGGCGACGCUCGCGCAGCGCGACGUGAGCCUCGAGACCACGACGCUUUCCACGGUGACACGGUACACUCUCGUGCAGUGCGCGUCCAGCGGUCUCGUCAACUGCCCCGUCGCGCUCCAGAACACCACGUCGAUCGAGACCGAGCUGACCACGGUUCUGACCGUGGCGUCCGGGGCAGCAGCCACCUUCCCAGCGAACACGUUUGCCUCGUUGUCGAGUGCCAGCCCCUUUGGAUCGGGGGCACGCACGCUGCUCGCGACCUCCGGAAGCCCGGUGUCUUAUAUCCCUCCACCGACUCAGACCACAUCGGCCAGCAGUUCUGCGACUGGUAGCAAUAGUACGGCCACCCACGAGCACCACGGCAAUAACAACAAAUUGAUCAUCGGCUUGAGUGUGGGACUGGGGGUGCCGGCAGUAGCGGCGUUGAGUGUUGCCCUAUGGUGGUUCCUGCGCAAUCGCGUGCGAUACGCGAUCGUGCCGCAACCUGAGAUGACGCGAGAUUCCCCGGGGUUAAACAAGGGACCAAGCGAGCCGGAGACUACGGAGGUUGUUGAAUGA